AUGGCAUCAAUCAAGCUGUAGAAAAUUAAUUAAGAAGAAGCAAUUAUAUAUAUAAGGCGAAAAAUGACCAAGAGUGCGGCAGCGAUUCCGGUGUUCCUGUUUGCAGCCAUCGGGCUCUUGGCUGCCACUUGCGCUGCCCGUUCUCAUGUUUUUCUCCCAUCUGAAAGCAACGGAGAACUGGGAGUCGCACGUCUCGGCAACGACUUCGAUCUAAUUCCCUGCAACGAGUGUGGCGACAUUUGCCUACUGACAUUCCCACCGCGAUGCCAGUGCAAGGAUGUGACUCCUGAUUGCCGCCCAGGCUGCACACUCUGUGAAGAAGUUUUCUACGGGAAUGUAGUAAUUAAAGGUCACCGCUGCCUGGACUUUGACUUCUACGACUGCAAGAACCUGCCCACCACCGCUACUCCCAAACCAAUCAACUGAUCAAAUCCAUCUUUGUAUUGUAUGCUGCUAGCUACCGCAGCUAACUAUCUAUGCUGGCUGCUUAAUUAAAUAAGAGAGGAAUGCCAAAUGAAUGAAUGAUUGUAUGGCGACGGUGUUGUUAUUAAUCAAUGCUAGCUAUCUACCUAUUUAAAAAUAAUGAGAGAUCGAGGAACGGAAACUCUCUGGUGAA